ACCUCGAGAGCCACGCAAAUACCAGGUAUUUUGUUUGCCAAUUAGAGAGGUCUAGAGCCUCAUCUUCCUCCACCGCACCACUCCAGUACUCCACACCAAACCCCGCCUCCUCUCCCUCUCAUCGCUCUCUCUCGAAUAUCAGUCGAAGAAAAGAGCAAAGCGACUGGCUGAGAACUCACCAAGACGAGCAUAUCCAAACAGAGGUCCAUCAGGCAUAGACUCAUAAAUUGAUCUUUUCUUCGCCUACAAUAUUGAUGGCAAUUAUACCUUGUGGAAGUACAUGGGUUGCCCAAUGGGGUAUUCGCCCUCAUUGUACACUAAGGUCCUAUGUGGCAAACAAGAUACCAACAUCUCGGUAUUGUACUACGAACAUGAUAAGCUAUUUAUCGGCACCAAGUUCAAGCUUGUUUUCUCAGGGCUCCUACCAUUUGCCAUCAUAUCCUGGUUUAUCUCAAGUGUCACCCCGUCGUAGGGGAGGACGUUUCAUAGUCAGAGCAGAAGCGGAUUACUAUUCACUUCUUGGGGUGUCAAGAAAUGCCAGUAAAUCUGAAAUUAAAAGCGCUUAUCGGAAGCUUGCUAGGAGUUAUCAUCCAGAUGUGAACAAAGAGCCUGGGGCAGAACAGAAAUUCAAGGACAUCAGCAAUGCGUACGAGGUUCUGUCAGACGAUGAGAAAAAAUCUCUAUAUGACAAAUAUGGAGAGGCUGGACUUAAAGGUGCUGGUAUGGGCAUGGGGGAUUUCAGCAAUCCUUUUGAUCUAUUUGAGUCUCUGUUUGAAGGCAUGGGUGGCAUGGGGGGCAUGGGUGGCAUGGGGAGCAGAGCUUCUAGGAAUAGAGCUGUUGAUGGUGAGGAUGAAUAUUACAACCUCAUCUUAAACUUUAAGGAAGCAAUUUUUGGGGUUGAAAAAGAGAUUGAGAUAAGCCGAUUAGAGAGCUGUGGAACUUGCAAUGGUUCUGGCGCUAAACCAGGGACCAAAUCAUCCAAAUGUAGCACAUGUGGUGGGCAAGGUCAGGUUGUCUCGUCAGCAAGGACCCCCUUAGGUGUCUUUCAGCAGGUGAUGACCUGCUCUUCUUGUGGUGGGACUGGGGAAACAUCUACCCCUUGCAACACAUGUUCUGGGGAUGGUCGGGUGAGAAGAACCAAGCGGAUCAGUCUGAAAGUUCCAGCUGGUGUGGACUCUGGUAGCCGUUUGAGGGUUCGAAAUGAAGGUAAUGCUGGAAGGAGAGGCGGAUCUUCUGGUGACCUCUUUGUCAUUAUUGAUGUUAUGCCUGACCCUGUUCUAAAACGGGAUGACACCAACAUUUUGUACACCUGCAAGGUUUCUUACGUUGAUGCAAUCUUGGGAACUACAAUCAAGGUUCCAACAGUGGAUGGAAUGGUUGAUUUGAAGAUACCAGCCGGGACCCAACCAAACACAACGCUAGUAAUGGCCAAGAAAGGUGUCCCCCUCUUAAAUAAAAACAACAUGAGGGGUGAUCAGUUGGUUCGUGUGCAGGUUGAAAUCCCAAAGAGACUGAAUGCUGAUGAAAGAAAGCUCAUUGAGGAACUCGCCGAUCUAAGCAAGGGCAAGACUGCCAGCAGUAGGAGAUAGUUGUCUGCGGCAUCUUUUUGCAUCCAUCCAUCUAUUUAUUACUGAUCUCUUCAGUUAUAUUCUCCCUUUGUGGGUGCAACUUAGUGUGAUCCUUUGAUUGGCAUGAAGGGAAAAUCAGCAGCUCUCAAUCAGUUGAACUCUGUGAAGGGCGAGCAGUUGUUUUGUAGUCUUAGGUAAAAUUAUAUUGUGAUAAAAUUUUCCCACAUAACACAGGAGGUAGAAAAUGAGGUGAAACUUGAGGAUCUCUCUCUUUCAUCGUCUGUAUUCUCACAUAAAACUUUAUUCUUUGGGAUUGAACAUAAGUUUUAGUUACAAUGCAGUCUUUUUCUUUCUAUUUAGUUUUAUUUUCAA